AUGGCCUCAUUGGCGACUCAGGGUCCCGGGGCCCCUGACUUCUUUUCUGGGCUGCUGCGGGCGGCUUCAACUCCGGCCAACCAGAGCUCAGGAGCCUUGGUGGGCAAUGGGUCGGCGGCUGGUCCGGGCGCGCAGGCCAUCGCGCCAUUCCAGAGCCUGCAGCUGGUGCAUCAGCUGAAGGGGCUGAUUGUGCUGCUCUACAGCAUCGUGGUGGUCGUGGGGCUGGUGGGCAACUGCCUGCUGGUGCUGGUGAUCGCACGGGUGCCUCGGCUGCACAACGUGACCAACUUCCUCAUCGGCAACCUGGCCUUGUCGGACGUGCUCAUGUGCACCGCCUGCGUGCCGCUCACGCUGGCCUACGCUUUCGAGCCACGCGGCUGGGUGUUCGGCGGCGGCCUGUGCCACCUGGUCUUCUUCCUGCAGCCCGUCACCGUCUAUGUGUCUGUGUUCACGCUCGCCACCAUCGCGGUGGACCGCUACGUCGUGCUGGUGCACCCUCUGCGCCGGCGCAUCUCGCUGCGCCUCAGCGCCUACGCGGUGCUGGCCAUCUGGGCGCUGUCCGCGGUGCUGGCGCUGCCGGCCGCCGUGCACACCUACCACGUCGAGCUCAAGCCACACCGCGUGCGCCUCUGCGAGGAGUUCUGGGGGUCCCAGGAGCGCCAGCGCCAGCUCUACGCUUGGGGGCUGCUGCUCGUCACCUACCUGCUCCCCCUGCUGGUCAUCCUCUUGUCUUACGUCCGGGUGUCGGUGAAGCUCCGCAACCGCGUGGUGCCGGGCUGCGUGACCCCGAGCCAAGCGGACUGGGAUCGCGCGCGACGCCGCCGCACCUUCUGCCUGCUGGUGGUGGUGGUGGUGGUGUUCGCCGUCUGCUGGCUGCCCCUGCACGUCUUCAAUCUGCUGCGGGAUCUCGACCCGCGCGCCAUAGACCCCUAUGCCUUCGGGUUAGUGCAGCUGCUCUGCCACUGGCUCGCCAUGAGCUCGGUCUGCUACAACCCCUUCAUCUACGCCUGGCUGCACGACAGCUUCCGUGAGGAGCUACGCAAGCUGUUGUUCACCUGGCCCCGCAAGAUCGCGCCGCACGGCCAGAGCAUGACAGUCAGCGUGCUCAUCUGA